GAUGUCUAUGACAUCUCCUCCGUGGUGGGCCGCGACCUGCUGCAGCUCAGCGCCGGCCCACGGGUACCCGCCGCCCUGGCCCGGCUGCAGUUCAGGAUCGUGAGGGUGCUGGAGAUGCUGGAAGCGCUGGUGAGCGAGAGCAGCCUCGUGGAGGAGCAGCUGAGGAUGGAGCGGGACAGCCUGCGGCGGGAGGUGGAGGAGCUGCGGGCUCAGGGGGCCCGAGGGGGCGCCCAGCAGCUCAGCCUUGGACCAGAUAAAAUGGUAAUAGACCUCACAGAUCCCAGUCGCCCCCGGUUCACAUUACAGGAGCUGCGAGAUGUAUUGCAAGAGCGUAACCAGCUGAAAGCUCAGCUUCUUGUGGUGCAAGAGGAGCUACAGUGCUAUAAGAGUGGGAUCAUCUCACAGAGAAGGGACCAAACUGAAGAACUGGAAAAAGAAGCCAGAGGCAGCAGCCCUGGCACCAGCAAGGACAGCGAAGAGAAGACAAUCAUCAAACGGCUGUUCUCUUUUAAGCAUGGAAAAUGAGCAUCCUUGGGAGCUGAACCACUCCAGACAUGGCCCUGAGGAGUCUCUCAGGUGGUAGGGGACUCGCUGAUGGAAGAAAAAGCAUCACUUCUACUGUAGAGAAUAAGCAAUCUCAUAAAAAAAGUGUGUUGUAUAAUAUUCUUUCAGAAUAGAUUUUAUUUUGCUUUUUAGAAACUGUUUCAGACACUUUGUAUUUCUUAGAUUCCUGCCACAUUACCCACAUGUAGAAAAUAAAUAUUUUAUACAGAGGUGGGUUUUACUCUUAUUAAAAGAGCCUGUGA